AACUAGACCUACAUCAGCAAGUAUGGGAGACCUAAUGGCAUUUUCACAGUCGUCUUUGCUACUAUUACCUCAGUCUCGACUCUGCACUUCAAGGCGAGGACAUUUUGUCAGUCGCAGCCAGGCAUCACUAGCUGUAAUUCCACCAAUGUGUUUCUUAUCGGUGAAAAAUCCUGCUUACGCCGCCAGAAAACAAAAAUCGUUCAAGACUAUAACCGGUGUUGUUUCAGACUCUAAGGUGCCAACCACCUUCACCGUUGAUUCAGCCGGUGGAGGCAUUGACAUACUGCCAGACUCUGGUGGUUCCGACGACAAUUUUGGUGGAGUAAGUGGCAACGGCGGCGGUGGAGGAGGCGGCGGCGGCGGUGAUGGUGGUAAUGAUGACAAGGACGAUGAAAGCGAGGGCCACGAGAAGAAGGCGGGCAUGUCAAUGUCUCAAAAACUCACACUGGGAUAUGCAGCCUUGGUUGGAAUUGGUGGAUUGAUGGGUUUUCUGAAAGGUGGAAGCAAGAAGUCACUGAUUGCUGGUGGAUUAUCUGCAUCUUUGUUGUUGUAUGUUUACACUGCGCUUCCUUCGAACCCUGUCUUGGCAUCUUCUGUUGGUCUGGUUCUGUCUGCUUCUCUUCUGGGAGUGAUGGGCUCUCGUUUCAAGAAUUCCGGAAAGAUCUUUCCGGCUGGUGUUGUCUCCAUUGUAUCGCUUGUUAUGAGCGGUGGUUACUUGCAUGGAAUUAUGCGCAGUCUGCACUGACCUCUUUUAAUUUUUUUUAAAAGAAACUUUAAUUUUAAGUGCGUUGGAGGCGGUUUUUCUACUUUUGUUUGAAACCCUAAAUCCGAGUUCGAAUUCUAUGCAGUUCGGUGCAACGAAUCUGCUUUCUGCAGUUUUGAACUUUGAAUGAUUGAAUAAGACUUGAUGUGGUCUGUGUUUUUGUUUAUUUAUGUGUUGUUUAGUGAAGAUGGA